UGAGAUUCCCCGCAGGCGGCCCUCCACAGGCCUCCCCUCUGGCCUUGAAGGCUCUGCUUGUCUUCUCAUCCCGGGAGGAGGGCAAGGCCAUGGGUCUGGCCCUGCUGCUGCCCCUGCUGCUGCCCCUGGCAUCUCUGCAGGCGGGUCACUGGGCAGAACCCAAUCCAAACACUGACUUUGGGAUGAACCAACCGAAGAAACUCUCAGCCCCCAAGGGUGGCUCCGUCCACAUCCCCUUCUCCUUCUAUUACUCCUGGGAAUCAGCCAAGGUUCCCAACGUGAGAAUAUCCUGGAGAUGGAAACACUUCCAUGGGGAGUUGAUCUACAAGACGACUCCGCUGUUCAUCCAUAAGGAUUUCAAGGACCGGCUCCUCCUGAACUGGACAAAGGGCAGGGAGCACGGCUCCCUCCAGAUCUCGAAACUGCGGAAGGAGGAUGAGUCUACGUACUUCUGCCAGGUGCAGGUGGACACACAGAGAAUAGGCAAGCAGAUGUGGCAGUCCAUCGAGGGAACCACACUCACCGUCAUCCCCAGUGAGUCCAGCUGUCCUGCCUGA